AUGGCUCCCAGCAAGGUCAAUUCUGCUGGUGAUGCAAGUGUAUCAUGCUCACAGCCAGAGAAUGGUUUUCUCAAUUCACUUUCUCUCUUAAGUUCAGAGAAAGCAGUGCAGGAACUUCUGCAACAAUCUCCUGUACAGAGCACAGAUGACCACCUCAUAGAGUUCUCAGACGCUAUGAGAACUGUUGCAAAGGCCCUGAGACGGGCUGCUGAAGGAAAGGCUUCUGCGCAAGCUGAGGCAGCUGAAUGGAAGCGUAAAUAUGAACUGGAGAAGGCCCACAAUCUCCAUUUGGAACAUAAAGAGCAAUCACAUAGAGAGAAUAAUGGUGAUGAUGAGAGGACAGAGAACUUGGCCAGCCGAUCAAAUGAGCAAUCUGAACAGUGUUGUGGGAGUAAUGGGAUAUGCUCCCAUGAAGUUCUUCGGGAUGGUGACCGUGAUUCUGCUUCCAGGGUGGACCCCAAUAAAUUUGCCAGAAAGGCAUCAUUUAAACUUUCAUGGUGGUGCAAAGGUGACCAAAGUGACCAGCACAAGCAUGACAUUGUCUCUUUUGAAAGAGGAAACAUUACAACUGCAGAGCGCAGCAGUAAACAAAUUUCUUUGAAGUGGGAAUCUCAGCCACAAACUGUGAUUAUAUUGACCAAACCAAAUUCAACUUCUGUUCGAAUUCUGUGUGCAGAGAUGGUCAGAUGGUUGAGAGAGCAGAAGAAGUUAGAUAUUUAUGUGGAACCGCACGUGAGAGCUGAACUUCUAACAGAGUCGUCUUACUACAACUUCGUCCAUACAUGGAAAGAUGAGACCGAAAUAAUGCUCCUGCACACAAAAGUUGACCUUGUGGUAACUCUUGGUGGAGAUGGAACUGUCCUCUGGGCAGCAUCUAUGUUCAAAGGACCAGUUCCUCCUGUUGUGCCGUUUUCUUUAGGGUCUCUGGGAUUUAUGACCCCUUUUCACAGUGAACGUUACCGAGAAUAUCUUGAUUCAAUUUUAAAAGGUCCCAUUAGUAUCACGUUGCGACACCGCUUGCAGUGCCAUGUUAUUAGAGAAGCAGCCAAAAAUGAGUAUGAAACUGAAGGACCGAUACUUGUAUUAAAUGAGGUUACAAUUGACCGUGGGAUAUCAUCAUACCUUACAAAUUUGGAAUGCUAUUGUGACAAUUCUUUUGUCACUUGUGUCCAAGGAGAUGGUUUAAUAUUAUCAACAACAUCUGGCAGUACUGCCUAUUCAUUAGCGGCCGGAGGAUCAAUGGUUCAUCCCCAGGUUCCUGGAAUUCUGUUUACACCUAUUUGUCCACAUUCCCUAUCAUUUCGGCCUCUGAUAUUGCCUGAGCAUGUGACGCUGCGAGUACAAGUACCUUUCAACAGCAGGAGCCAUGCAUGGGCGUCGUUUGAUGGCAAGGAUAGGAAACGGUUGGCAGCUGGUGAUGCACUUGUGUGCAGCAUGGCACCUUGGCCUGUCCCAACUGCCUGUCAAGUUGAUUCUACUAGUGACUUCCUGAACAGCAUUCAUGACGGCCUCCACUGGAAUCUUCGAAAGACUCAGUCUUUUGAUGGCCCUCGGGAUACAUAG